AUGUCAAGAAUCAGUGUCGACUUAAUACAAAUAGUCUACCUAAUUGUAUUUCUAUUUACAGUAGUUUGUGAAGCUGAACAUUCAGUUCCGGCCAGUGAUAAACAAAUCAAGAUUGCUUCACUUAAUGGAUCCAUUACAAAUGUACAAGGUAUACUUGUUGGCCACGCUUCGAAAUCAGAACGUCCUACUGGAUGCACUGUCAUUUUGUGUAACACGUCAUGUAUCGGUGGCGUCGAUGUUCGUGGAUCGGCUCCGGGCACACGUGAGACUGAUCUUCUUGAUCCAAUGAAUUUGGUGGAUACGGUUAACGCUAUUGUUUUAUCUGGCGGUAGCGCGUUUGGACUAGAUACAGCAUCCGGCGUUGUUCGAUGUCUUGCCGAAAAAAACAUGGGCUUUCCGACCUCUGAUCGUCCAGUUCCUAUUGUCCCAGCUGCCGUAUUGUAUGAUCUGAGUGUUGGUAAUGAUUCAUCCAUAGUACCUGAUGCGAACUUGGGUUACUCAGCUUGUAUGGCAGCUAACAACUCACCUGUCGUCGAAGGUAAUGCUGGUGCUGGCAGUGGAGCUACUAUAGGAAAGUUAUUUGGCAUGGAGCGUGCCAUGAAAACGGGACUCGGUAGUACUUCGAUGACUGUUCGAGAUUCUAUCACAAAUGCUACAGUCACAGUUGGUGCACUCGUUGCCGUUAAUGCAGUUGGGGAUGUGUAUAAAAGGGGAACAUUAAUAGCGGGUGCUCGAACUUUGGAUGGUAAACGUUUGCAAAACACACUAAAUACCUUACUGGACAUCAAUCCCAAUAUUGCCAGCAGUUUUCUGGCUGCAACUGCAACAACACUUGCUUGUGUAGCGACUGAUGCCAAACUCACGAAAGCUCAAGCUAAAAAAGUCUCACAAAUGGCUCAUGAUGGGUUUGCUCGAGCAAUCAAUCCAAUUCAUACAAUGUUUGAUGGAGAUGUCAUCUUCACAUUGGCUACUGGAGUUUCUCCUAUCUCAGAUGUUAAUCUCGUUGGUAUUAUGGCGGCUGAAACUGUCGAACGUGCAAUUAUUCGAGCUGUUGAGCAAGCUACUGGUCUCCCGGGUCUCCCUAGUAUACAUGAGUUGAACUCAACAGGUGAUAAACUUGUAUGCAACAUUGCUACAUUAGUGUUAAUAUUGUUCUUAAAAUGUCUCUAA